AGGUAACCAGCCCCUGGGCGAGGCUGGUAUCGUGGGUUGGGAUGCUCUGUUUUGUUCAGUAUCAUAUAUGUGGUCUUACUACUAAUUUUGCAUCGAAGACAACUACCCCUGUGGUCCCGCCCACGCUACGCCUCUGGCAGAAUUAAGUAGGUGGCAUUUGAAAAGUGAAUCAGUUUUAGUUUGGUGAGCUACGAAGUUGGACUGUCGCCUGCCUAAGAAUCUCUAGGAAAAACUGAAUAGCAGAAGGCCUUCAGGGAAGAACCUCUCCCUUCUCCAUCAUCCCAUACCAACAUGUCGUCGGCACGAGAUAUUCCACAGACUCAGGCUGUUAACAAUGCUGCUUUGGCUGGUUCUCCCGUCUCUCAGCACAGGUUCCUCAUCCCUAGUCCAAUUCCGACCAGACGUAGCCGUACCUAUUCAGCAUCCGAAAGAGCAAAAUGCGGUCCAACUGUUCGAGGUAAAGUGAAGGAAUUCUGUCGAGAAAAGGGUCAUGGUUUUAUUCAACCUGAAGAUCCUUCAAGUGUUCCAUUGUUUGUUCAUAUUUCUGAUAUCGAGGGUGAAUAUGUUCCCAAAGAAGACGACGAUGUGACCUACAAGGCCAUUACCAUUCCACCACGUCACGAAAAGCUUCAAGCCGUUCAUGUGCAGAUCAUGCAUUUGGCCCCGGGGGUCAGCCACGAACGCUGGGACUCGCCGCUAGUCACCAACUCCAAUUGUUCUCCUAGCCACGGUUCCAUUAAAGAUCUCCAUCCUGCCCAGCCUAGCCACCCUGAAUGACUUUUUCCACUCCAUACCUAACACACACACAUAUAUAUAUAUAUAUAUAGAUAGAUAUAUCUAUAUCUAUAUACAUAUAUAUAUAUGUGAAUUGGUGUGUGUGUGUGUCUGUAUAUAUGCAUAUGUACUUGUAUAUCUAAUGAUAUAUAUACGUGUGUGUGUGUGUGUUUAUACAUUUUUUCAUGUGUAACUACUAAUACAUUUGUGUAAUAUGCAUAUAUCCAUGUGCAUAUAUAAUACCCUAAUUAUAUAACUAAUGUGCAUGUAUGUAUGUGUGUGUAUGUAUAUAUCUAUCCAUCUCUUUAUCUCUAUAUAUCUAUCUAUAUAUAUAUACACACACACAUGCAUACAUGCACAUAUAUAUACAUACCAUAUGUAUAUAUCAGUAAUGUGUAUGUAUCUAUAUGUAUGUAUAUAUAUAUAUAUAUAUAUAUAUAUAUAUAUAUAUAUAUAUAUAUAUAUAUAUAUAUAUAUAUAUACACACGCCACCACCACCACUACACAUUGUGCGUAUAUGCAUACCCUGAUAUGUUACCCAUGUAUGUGUAUGUAUAGAAAUAUGCACACACACAGACACACAGAUAGAUAACCACCACCACCACACACACACAGAUGCACAUCUGUAUAACCUCCCAGUAUUAAUUCAGGCCUUGCCUAUCUGCCCACGAAAUUUGAACAUCUUCUUUCUUCCAUUUGGUCCUUAAACUUCUAUCUCCCUUGGCCACACACACACACACGCACCCCUUAACAACUGCUGGUCCUCAUUUUAAUUGUUUUUUUUUUAAAUAUUUUUUUUCCUAAAAUGUUUUCUAUCCAAUUAUACUUAUACAUAUAAACAUACACGCACACAUAUAUAUAUCUAUAUACACUCAGUUUUUUUUCUCUCCUUUUUUAUUUAAAUAAAUUUGCCUUAAUUAUUCUAAGGUAACAUUUGCAAACAAA